CUUAAAAAACAUUUUCAACAAAACAUGCCAUGAUGUCUCCUUGCCAAACAGCUCUAUUGUAGCACACUUUUGCAGCGACACAUAACGUCCGGAUCUGUCGAGACGCCGCCGGUUAGGAGCCGGCCACCGCAGCAAUUGACUCGAGACUGCCGGUUCAGAAUCAUCAGCUCGGUGUUAGCGGAUAUGGAGUCUGUGACGAUGGGCACUCAGCAAAACAGGAAUCAGAUUCAGCCCGGACAGCCGUUUCACCAAAUGGAUACGGAUGAAGAUGACGAAACAGUGAAGCAACUCCAAGAAUGCUCUGUACAUUACCUUGCCUUACAGGAUUGCCUUGUUGAAAACAACCGCAGCUGGAAAUCUUGCCAAAAUGUAGUUCAAGCUUUGAAGGCUUGCAAUGAGAAGAGAAAUAUCAAGAAGGGGAGUUAGUUGAUUGCUAAGAAACAUUUUCUCUUUCAUUUUCAAUGCGAAUGAGCAAUGAAUAAUAAUGCUGAUAAUAGAAACCGUUUUCGUGCAUCGUCGCUUCUCAAAUGUUGCA